UCUUUACAGUCUCUGAAGCGAUUUCUUCCCAUAUAUCAUACUAAGACAUGAACAAUGCAUCUCAUGGAUAGAGAACUCUAAGGAGUGAUUUACUGCAAUACACCAUUGGAUUUGUCAGUUGUCUUCUUCAAAUCUCAUUUUAAGCAAUUGGACUUGCUACUUCUACAGGGCAUUUUCUCGCUUUUAUUUCUUUUUUUAUUUUUUUUUCGCUCUUGCUGAACAUUUCUUCUUUACAGGAAAAAUUUCAGGCACUUUUUGGUAAAGGGUUUAUUUUUGACGAAACCUCGUUCUCUCGUACAGUUUUGGAAUUUCUUUUAGUUAUACAAUGAAGAUUUACCCUAGUUUAGAGCAAGCGGAGCAACUUGUUAAAGAACACAAUGCUACCAAGGUUCCCAUUUAUGGUGUUAUUCCUGCUGAUUUGCUUACUCCAUCCAUUGCCUAUUUAAAGCUUUCUCAGGGCAAGCGCUAUUCUUACAUUUUGGAAAGUGUUUCUCAGGGAGAAAAUGUGUCUCGUUAUAGCUUCAUUGGUAGUCCAUACAGAGUGCUCAUGGCCAAUGGAUUUGAAGAUCCUUUAGCUCGUCUCGAACGUGAGUUGAAAGAGGUAAAGGUUGCUCCUGUCCCAGGUCUUCCUUCUUUUAGUGGUGGUGCAGUUGGUUAUGUUUCUUAUGACUGUAUCAAGUACUUUGAACCUACUACCAAUGUACCUGCUCAAGACACUCUUAAUUUACCAGAGGCUCUUUUCUUCAUGACGGAUGAUUUGAUUGCCUUUGAUCAUGCCUAUCAAACUGUCAAAAUCAUCUCUCAUAUCUGCAUCGAUCAAGGAAGGCCUGUCGAAGAAGCUUAUGAAGCCGCAAUGUUCAAGAUCAAUAUGAUUCACAAGAAACUUGAUGCUUCAGAAAUUCCUCUACCUCCACAAAAAAACAUCCAUCUUGGAUAUGAAGCCAAAUCGAACACUGGCGAAGAAGGCUACAAGAAUUUUGUUUCUACUUUGAAAAAGCAUAUUCAUCAAGGUGAUAUAUUCCAAGCCGUUCCUAGUCAGCGUCUUUCUCGGCCUACUGACUUACAUCCCUUCAAUUUGUAUCGUCACUUGCGUACUGUCAAUCCUUCUCCUUAUAUGUUUUAUCUUAAUUGUGAUGAGUUUGAUAUUAUUGGUGCCUCUCCUGAGCUCUUGGUCAAAUCGGAAGAUGGCCGCAUUAUCAACCAUCCUAUUGCCGGUACUGUUCCUCGAGGAAAGACUCAAGAACAAGAUGAAGCUCUUGCAAAUGAGUUGCUUUCCAGUGUUAAAGAUCGUGCAGAACAUGUUAUGCUUGUAGAUCUUGCAAGAAACGAUGUAAACCGCGUAUGUAAUUUGGAUACUACUCAUGUUGAUCGAUUGAUGACAAUUGAGAAGUUUUCUCAUGUUCAGCACUUGGUUUCUCAGGUUUCUGGCGUGCUCAGAGAAGGAAAAACCAGAUUUGAUGCCUUCCGUAGUAUAUUCCCUGCAGGAACUGUUAGUGGAUCUCCCAAAGUGCGUGCGAUUCAACUAGUUGCUGGCUUAGAAAAGGAAAAGCGUGGUAUAUAUGCUGGUGCCGUUGGUCAUUGGGGAUACAAAGAGGAUCAAAUGGACACUUGCAUUGCUAUUCGUACCAUGGUAUACAAGGAUGGAGUUUUACAUUUGCAAGCCGGCGGCGGCAUCGUGUUUGAUUCUGAUGAGCAAGCUGAGUAUAUUGAGACUAUCAAUAAACUCAGGUCUAACGUUACAGCAAUUGACGAAGCAGAAAAACUUUACGCGAAGUCGCAAAAUGAGUAAAUACUAGCAAUGAGGUAAAGAAUGAGUACGUUAUAAAAAUAAAAAAGCUCAGUGUUAGGAAGUUUCAAUGCAAUAAUAAUAUAGAGUUGAUAAAAGUACAUGUUCGAAGUUCAUUUUAAAUUUCA